AUGUCAGAAUGGUUUAUUAAAAAACAACAGAUAAUGUUUACUAAAAUACCACAAGAAAAUGAAGCUGCAGUAAAGGUUAGUUACGUGUUAUCAGAGUUAAUUGCCAAACAUUCGAAACCGUUCACUGAAGGUGAUUUUAUAAAAACGUGUUUGAUUAAAACUGCUGAAAUUAUUUGUCCCGGAAAUCUAAAAGCUUUUCAAAACAUUUCAUUAACACGAAAUACGGUUGCUGAAAGAAUAACUGAACUAGCUUGCAAUUUGAGUAAUCAAAUUAAAAUUAAAAUACCUACAUUCGAGUAUUUUUCAAUCGCUUGUGAUGAAAGUACCGAUAUUGGUGGCACAGCUCAGUUAGCUGUGUUUUUUCGUGCUUGCGAUAUGGAAUUUAAUAUUUUUGAAGAGUUAUUGGAAAUUAUACCUAUGUUUGAUACUACUACAGGAGAGGAUGUAUUCGUUUCUGUUGUUGAACUCUUGAAAAAAUAUGAUUUACCUUUGGAAAAGUUGUCAUCUGAUUUUUACAGUUUUGUGCCAACACGUUAUGUAGAAAUUCGUAGAUUUGCAAGUAAAAUUAUUUCUAUGUUUAGUAGUACUUAUCAAUGCGAGCAACUUUUUCCAUUAAUGAACAGUAAUAAAUCACCCGUAAGAUCCAGAUUAACCGACACACAUCUAAAUGCAGUAUUAAAAGUGGCUUCGUCAAAUAAUAUGUCUCCCGAAAUUGAAAAGUUGGUGGGAGAAAAGAGAUGUCAAAUAUCGUCUAAAAAAAAUUAUUAA